UCUGAUGUUUAUAAAAAUUGGAUCUGAUAAACAGCAGUGCGCAUACAAAAGCACCUGCAUACUCCGUGGAAAGAGGUGGACAAAAGGCCGGAUUUCCAAAAUGGAAGGCAACAGCUGCCUUGACAUCUGCUCAGAGCUGGGAUGUUGCUCUCACCAGCUCCAGGAGGAGAGCUUGUCUUACAAGCCAAGCGAGCACAGCUACCAAGCUGAACAGAGUUCACUGGCCAUGUACGGAGGGCAACCUGCCAAAAUUUGGACAGCUGUCAUGAUAUCAGCUUUGCAGCUUAUGUGGGACCAAAUUGGACGUGUUUGCCCUGAAGAAUUGCAAUCAAACAGCAAGAAUUUCAAACAGAACUUAGGUGACAGAAGAAAAUGUGAUAACUAUGCCAACACCCUUAAAGAACUGGCAGGAAUGCUGCCUAUCCCUUUGAGAACUAACUGCAAGAGGUUGACAAAGAAAGAAAUUCUCCUGCGUGUCCUCCAAUACAUUGAACACCUGCAGGAGAGCAUUGAUACAGCCAGAUCGUUACUUCACAUCAAUUCUGACGAGCGAAAAGGGGAAGCCGAGCAGCUGGUGGUGGUGGCUCCUGCCCAAAAGAGAGGACAAAGAGAAGCCACACCACGCACAAAGAAAACGAAGCCAAUGGUGGUUUGCAAAAAACCGAGGAAGAGGAGACGCACCCGCAAAUCAGAUCGGCGAGCAGUGAACAAGAAAGCCUGCAAGUGCCUCGCUCUGGAGACUGAGAACAUCCCUUGCCAAGCUGGCAGAUACAGUGACGAGAACAGUUUAUACGCUGUGGGAAAGGUCAACUCUAUUCUUUCAUCCUCCCAGAAGCAGUCACCUUUCUUUCCUAACUUCCAAGUUCCAGUACCAGAAUCUUACCAGCCUGCCAGCACUACCUCUCUGGAUGUCACCCCAAAUGGAGUUCAAUUUCAUACCACAGACUGGAGCUUGGGCAGCAAUGAAGAGGAAGGCAAGAACGGCGAUAUGUUUUCUGCGUGUGCAGCACAAGUAGCUUAUGAUGAGCUGCAUCAAUAUGUCAAGGAGACUGGACAUUCAUCAGCAGGACAGGAAUUGGUGUAUUACAAUUCUUCUUGUGAGGAAGAAGAUGAAGAAGGACCCAGAGCCAGCCCUUGGCUGUCCACUCAGUCUCCCAUAGGCAUGCCCCUUGCAGGGAGCAUGCAGCUGUGCUCUCCCAGGAUUGGGACACAAAACAACAGUUGCUCGGAUUUGGGGCUCAGUCCUUCGCUUUUCUCCUCUCCUGGCCGGCUACUCACCAGACACACUCUCCAAGGCAUUCAGGAGGAAUUUUCCCCAGUUUUAUUUGAAGAUGUGUAUAUGUCUCUGCAGUCUAACAGUUUUGCUCAGACCCUUUCAGGAACUCUCUUAAGAAAGCCUGCGUUCAAUCUGGAUCACUGCUACCUUUCCUACAGUGAAACAGGUCAAAGCGACUCCAGCCCUGUGUCUAGAGUAAAUGAGGCAGCAUCUUCAUGGAACAAGCAAUUCCUCCAAGAGGAGGCUUCCAACAUCAGGUCUGAAGGCCCCAUGUCCUCGAGUGAUGAGAACAGUGAUGCUACCUGGACACCAUGCAAGAGGACAAAGCCACCUCAGGUCGCCUGUCAGAAGAGGAAGAAAGUUGUCAGGAGGCAGAAGCGCCGGCCAGGACUCUGUGAGAAACAUAGCAGUUCUUCUCUACAGCUGAAGAAGAAAUGUGUGAAUGGAUUUAUCAUGUUCUGCCGCUUGAACCGCAGACACUUCAUCCGUGCUUACCCAGGCAUGGCUUCUACUGCUGCCACAAGGGAGCUGGCCCAGCUGUGGCGGAUGAUGACGAAGCAAGAACGGAAACCUUAUUGCCUGAAAGCCCGGAGAUUCAGCCGUAUGAACAAUCGUAUUGUAAGGGAAGACAACUCCAGUGGGGAGGAAGAGAUGGAGCCGCCCAAGCCUUUCCAUCUGUUACUGGCUGAGAAGUCCUUUCAUGGUGCCCAGAACUUUGGUGACUACUCUUUACUAGACUUUAUCCCAUGAUUAUUAUUUUUUAAUGGCGGAAUGUUGAAAAUGGCAGGUUCACCUAUGAAAAGAUGGCCCUCUCCCACUGGUUUGUUAUUGUUUGUUACAGAGUUUCCUAGUUGGUGGGUCCCCCAUUCAGUGCUUAGCUUCCUUCUUUACAGCAGUGCACAAGUUGACAGGGGCCUCAUGGGUCCCAUUGACAGGCUAGCAAAAAGCAAUAACAGAGAGGGGAGGAAGGGGGCCAGACAACCCUAUUUCACCAGCCUCCUUCCCCUUUACAUCUCUUUUUUAUUGCUUGCAAAUAUCCAGGGUAUCCUUGCUCACUGUGCUUCCAGCUUCCAAGGAGUAGUUGCUGAGGGGAAGCAAUAUAACAGAUGGAUGGGUUGUAGGUUUUACCUCCUGCCACCGUCCAAAGUGGUCCCUGAUAGGUUUGGAGAGCAGUACCCCUGUGCCAGCAGCAUUGGCAAGACGAAUAUUCAGGUUUGCAUGUUUACAUGGGUAUUACCAUGGGUUUCAGAGUCUGCUCCAUUUGACAUGGAUGGGUGUAGUUUUCAAAAGGCAACCGUUCUGUGUGGAUUUUAAAAAAAGAAUUUCCAGAGUAUAUAACAGUGUCUUUCCUCUGGAAAACUCGAUGUCUGUUUCAUUUUGGCUUUUAACUUCAAAUCCAUAUUUAUUGCCAAACAUUUUUAGCUCCUCUGAUGCUUUACUAAAACUUAAGGUUUUCGUUAUUGGGGCUUUAGCUCUGUGGGAUGUUUUGCUGCAAUACAGGAUCCAGAUUUUGAGGUCCACAUGGGUUAACUCGUUUCAUGGUAAAUGUGAUGCUUUGUUACAUAGCAAGUUGCUUCCUGUGUGUGUUUGCCAUUCCCUGAAGCAAAUGAAUGUCCAUGUAUGUGAGUUCAUAUGUUUGCUCUGAGUAGCACUGAAUUCACCCUUGAUGGGUCUGUUACACCAAAGAUCCUGAAGAGGAAAACACUUGGUAGUUUUAGUCUGAGGUUAAAUAAGUUCCAAGACACUUGAUUCUGAGCAAACAAGAGUGCUCACAGUGGGAAGGUAGAAUGACAGGAUUGUACUUGUGAAGAGCACAGAUCAGGCCACUAUAACAUAAUAUUUUGGGUUGGUUUCU